GAUUCUUCAUUUGUUAGUCUCGUGCAGUCGCGUUGCAAUAUAUUUCGACGGAUAUAUGUUUGACGUAUUUGAACACAUUUAGGUAUUAUUGGAUGUCUAUGUGUGCGUGUAAUAGGGAUCGAAAGAAGCGAGAAACUUUGUAUACGUUAUCAGGCGAUUCUACUCGUGUCCAAUGCGAUCCGACGACGUCGAUAUCGAAGAACUGCGGCAAAAUCCGCAGCACAUCCAGGGCCCUCCGCAAUUACCACCGUUAUACAAAGGACAGAAAUUGAAGAGUGGACCGUACACCAUCACGGUGACCGAUGAGAUGGUAGGGCAACGGGAAAGGGAGAACCUGGAGUUAUACAAGGCUUGGGUACGUGAUCAGCGCAGGAGGAACAUGCUACCGCAAGAAGACGCUGAUGAGUAUAUAGGCGACUUCAAGGAAGCUGCAAUCAGGAGGAGCUUUGUCCGCAAGGUCUUCUGUCUCCUCACGCUGCAGCUGACGUUCACCAUCGCCGUCAUAUCAAUCUUUAUGUUCGUAGAUGAUGCACAGAAGUUCAUGAUACUACACUGGUACCUAUGGAUUGUCGCAAUGGUGUGUUUCAUCAUCACGUACUGUGCCAUAUCUUGCUCGGUGCACGCCAGGCGAACACCUCCGUUCAACUACAUCUGUCUGAUCUUGCUGACGUUAGCAAUGUCCUAUUUGUCCGCCUUCGUCUCUGUAUUCUACAGCAUUGAAGUAAUCCUCAUUGUUAUGGGCAUGACUGCCAUCGUCACGUUUAUAAUAGCUCUCGUGGCGACAUUUUCCAAGUUUGACUUGACAAUGAGACCAGGCAUGCUAAUGGUAAUUGGACUGGUUGCGAUUGUCACUAUCUUUACGAUGCUGAUAAUCAUGAUCUUCACUCAUAUAUUGGUCCUACGACUGGUGAUCUCUAUCAUCGGAACGCUGCUGUUAUGCAUGUAUUUGUACUUCGACAUACAGACGAUCAUGGGUGGACGCAGAGUGGAAUUGGGUCCUGACGAAAUUAUCUUCGCGACAACUCAGAUUUACGUAGACAUUAUACUGCUCUACCAGUAUUUAUUAAUGUUCAUGGGAUUCUUCCAUGAAACUUGACAACGUUAUUGCACAUUGUAUUAAUAUAUAUAUAUACACCUACAUA